CGCAACUCAGCGGGUUUCAGAGGAGGAGAGCAGAGGGCGAGGAAGGAUGGAGUCGCGGCUGCAUCGGCGGUGCGUUUUCAUCCUAGUGGCGACUGCUGACUUUUUGCUGCGCGGCUGCGCCGGCUCCUCCUUCCACAAGUUCCAGCUUAUCUACAUAUCUGUGUCAGAACCCGAUCAGACAAUGCCCAAGUUCACUGCUUUGGGGUAUGCAGAUGACCAGCUCGUCACUCGCUUUGAUAGCAACACAGAAGAGGGGGUGCCUCAAGUCUCCUGGGCUAAAAGGCUGAAGGAGGAUAUUCAUGAGUAUUGGGACAGGUACACCAAGGUCUUGGAGGACAGUGAGCUGUGGUUUGAAAAUUACCACAGUAUCAUAAGGCAGUACUACAACCACAGCAAGGGUUUUCAUACCUGGCAGAUGAUGGUUGGCUCUGAGGUGAGUCCACAUGGGAGCAAUGAAGCAUAUUGGACGUUUGGCUAUGAUGGGAGGGACUUUCUCAGCCUUGACAAGGAGACUGAUGCCUGGAUUGCAGCAGAUGCGGUGGCCCAAGUGAUUGAGAGGAUGUGGGAGGCUGACAGUUCCAUGAUCCCACGUUUCAAGUUCUUAGUGGAGGUGGUUUUCAUUGAAUGGCUGCAGAAAUAUGAAGCCUACGCAAAGGAGGCUCUGCUGCGGAAAGAACUCCCAGUAGUCAAGGUAACUAGGAAGCCAAACAAUGAUGGCUUGGAAACUCUCAUCUGCCGGGCCCACGGCUUCUAUCCCAAGGAGAUCAACUCUACCUGGAGAAAGGAUGGGGAAUCUUCUGGGCAGGAUACAGUUCAUGGGGGCGUUCUCCCCAACUCAGAUGGAACCUACUACAACUGGCUCAGCAUUAAGAUCAACCCCAAAGACAGGAACCACUAUUGGUGCCAUGUGGAGCAUAUUGGCCUACAGAAGCCUAUGGACGUGCCCUCAGAAGAACCUGGCUCCCACGUGGGGAUCAUUAUUGGCUGCAUCCUGAGCGGAAUCUUCCUCCUGGUGGCUGUGAGUGUUGGGAUCUAUGUGCACAUCACUAAGAAACAAGGGUCUGGCAGCUCCAGUGGGGUAUAACCAACCAUGGGGACGCAAUUCUGGGACAACAAGAGGGGGGGAGAAUGAGCGCAUCCAUGCUCUGAACCCAAUUUUGUCCUCUGGGGAUUCCUUCAGCUUGGCUGGAACCAAGAUAUACUUUGGAUCUUUGUCUUUCACUCUUUUUUAAUGUCAUAAGUCUUGGCUUGAGAUGAAGUACUUCUGGAUAGCCCUGAGACAUACUUGCACCUGGAGGAAAAUUCUAAGACUCGCACCCAGGGGGGAAAAGUCGAUGUGGGGUUUUUUGGUAUUAACAGUGUAAUCAGAAGAAUGUUAGAAGAGGCUGCAGGAUCAGGCCAAACUAGAAGCCGACAAACGGGGCCUGAACACAACAGCAGUCUCCCCUUCUCUGAUGCCCAGUAGCUGGUCUUCAGAGGCAGAUGUUUUCGAUAAUGGACUGAUGACAUAGACAUUAUGGCUAGUGGCUACUGAUAGCCUUAUCUUAUAUGAAAUUUUCUGAACUCCUUUUAAAGUUAUCCUGCAUCUCUUGACCUUGACCUCUAACAGUUGAGCUGUUCUGAGACCCGCCACUUUUGUUUUGUGCUGUUCUGUUUCAUUUGGAAUAGUUUGGCCUGUUUAAUAAUUGUAAUAGAGUCACCUGUUUUUAUAAUGGUAUGUUGCAUUGUGGGGUUUUU